AAAAAAGGUUUUGUUUGACAUUGGCCCCAAAAUAAACAUGCGGCUGGUAUUCAAACCCAAAUCGGUUAGUUGUUUCUGGAUCUCGUCGCCGGUAGAUAAUAAAAGUGAAAGCCAACGGCCGUUGUCAGGAAAACAAAGAUUAUCAGACAGAACAGAAACCUCAACUUGUGCUGCUUGAACACACACACACCAACAGGAAACGAUGUCGUUUUGGUCUGUCGUUCUUCCAUCUUCUCCUUCUAACCUCGUCAAACCUCGGCUCGAUCGUUACCUCGUUCGAGCUUCUUCCGAUGUUCCCGAUUUCCUCUCUGCGGAUUGGUUGGAGAGUCGUAGGAAACGUCCUUUUGGCCCCAGACUUGAUUUUAGUGCGGAAGAUGCUGUUCGACAUCAGCUUGAUGCUUUGAAGUAUAACGACCAUCCUCGUUAUGAUUAUGGCAUCGAGGUCAUGUACCGGUUUGCUGGAUUCGACCCGUUUGAGAGAUCCACCUAUUUCGGACCUUUCUUUGAUCUAGGACAGUUUGAAAGGUUUCGUCGAAUUUUUCACCAUUCCUCUUACCGUGUGUUGCUUGGUCACAAGGAUAGAAAGAUCUUAAGCAGUUUACUCGUUGAAGAGAACCGUUACAAGCAGAGGAUUUGGAUUCAAGGAACUCGGCCUGAGGAAGAAGAGAUAUUUGAAUUCACAAUGUUCCAGCGGAUAGGUGGGUCAUGGGAUGGUUAUUGGUUGACAGAGAGCUUGCUUCAUGAUGGUGAUGUGUUUUCAGGAGGGAUGGCUUACUGAUUCAAUUGCCUUGAGCUUCAUUUCCUUUUCAUAUUUCUUCGGUCAGAUCAUAUACGUAAAUAUUGGAACACAACCCUGUAAGCUUAUGUUAAUAUAUUAUACGCAAAAUAGUAACAGAUGUUUUUUUCUAAGAAAAAGCUGUGUUGUUAAACAAAGCAAAUGUUGUGGAAAUAGCAUCUCACUGCAA